AUGGUGACUAUACCCGACUUUGAAGAAGCUGUUGAGGCACCAGUUUCACCUCCUGAUGUGCUGCCUACUAUGGAAACGGAACAAAUAGCUCUCCCAACCUCUUCUAUUAUCAGUAGGCCCGGUGUUGGUACCACAGGAAAACACAUACCUUUGCUUACAAAUCUCUUCAAAGUUGCAGCUGAGGCUAGAGAUGCAAUCUUUUUCCAGUAUAGCGUUACUAUCACUUCGGAAGAUAAAAGAGUUGUUGAAAGCAAGGGCUUCGGGAGAAAAGUGAUUGAUAGGCUUCACCAAACAUACUCCUCUGAACUUGGUGGCAAAAGCUUUGUGUAUGAUGGAGAAAGAACAUUGUACACGGUGGGUCCUCUUCCAGAUAAUAAGUUUGAGUUCAAAGUUCUACUUGAAGAAACAUUUUCAUUUCCAAAGGGUAGUACUGAGAGACCCGGUGUUAAUGGAACCCCUUGUGAGGAAAAUAAAAGGACAAAGUGUUCUUUUCAGUCAAAGGCAUUCACAGUGGAGAUAAGUUUUGCUGCCAAAAUACCCUUGCAGUCCAUUGCUCUUUCCCUUAAAGGGAUUGAGUCAUAUGCAAAUUCUCAAGAUGCAUUGAGGGUGCUUAAUAUCAUACUGAGGCAGCGAGCAGCCAAUAGAGGGUGUCUCUUGGUAAGGCAAUCUUUUUUUCAUGGUGACUCGAGGGAUAUCAUUGAUGUUGGAGGCGGAGUAACUGGUGUACGCGGUUUUCAUUCCAGUUUUCGUCUUACACAAGGAGGAUUGUCUCUUAAUAAGGAUGUGGCCACAACGAUGAUCGUAAAACCUGGACCUGUAAUUGAUUUUCUCCUAACACACCAGAAUGUGAGGGAAACUCGUCAUAUUAACUGGGCAAAGGCCAAGAGGAUCCUUAAAAAUUUAAGAGUUCGUGCUACACAUCGUAACCAAGAAUUCAAAAUUGCUGGCUUCAGUGAGAAACCCUGCAUUCAACAACUUUUUAGUAUGAAGAUAAAGAAUGGAGAAGACAAUAAUACAGAGCAGACAGUGGAUCUUACAGUAUAUGAUUAUUUUGCUAAACACCACGACAUUGAGCUGACCUCUUCUACUUACCUUCCUUGUCUUGAUGUUGGGAAGCCAAAUCGGCCAAUCUUUUUGCCCCUGGAGCUAUGUACACUUGUUCCCCUCCAGAGGUAUAGAAAGGCAUUAUCUCCUGUGCAAAAAGCAUCUUUAGUAGAACAAUCACGCCAAAAGCCUCAAGAAAGAAUCAAAAUUCUGACAAAUGCUAUAGGAAAUUCUUGCUAUGAAGAUGAUACUGUUCUUGCGGCAUGUGGCAUUUCUAUUGACAAACAAUUCACUCCAGUUGAUGGUCGAGUUCUUGAGACACCAAAGUUGAAGGUAGGUAAGAAUGAAGACUGCUUUCCCAAUAAUGGAAGAUGGAACUUUAAAAAAAAGACACUUCUAGAACCAUCACAUAUUGAUUAUUGGGCUGUUGUCAACUUUUCUGCAAUAUGUGAUACUAGUUUUAUAACGAGAGAGCUGAUUAAAUGUGGAAUGAGCAAGGGAAUGAAUAUUGAACGGCCAUAUACUUUAAUAGAGGAAGAAGCACAGACGAGAAAACUUAACCCUGUUGCAAGGGUUGAAAAGAUGUUUGACCUACUGAUAUCAAAACUUACUAGAGAACCAAAGUUGAUUCUUUGUGUCUUGCCAGAGAGGAAAAACUGUGACAUCUAUGGGCCUUGGAAAAGGAAGUGUCUGUGUGAAGCUGGGGUUGUCACACAGUGCAUUUCCCCUCUCAAGAUAACUGAUCAAUACCUUACUAACGUGCUUCUUAAAAUCAAUUCUAAGCUCGGAGGAAUAAAUUCUUUGCUGGCAAUAGAGCAUUCUGGGCAUCUUCCCUUGAUUAAAGAUACCCCAACAAUGAUUUUAGGGAUGGAUGUCUCUCAUGGUUCCCCUGGCCAAUCAGAUAUUCCAUCAAUAGCAGCUGUUGUUGGAUCUCGAUGCUGGCCUCUAAUUUCGAGGUAUAGAGCAUCCGUGAGAUCCCAGUCACCUAAGGUGGAAAUGAUUGAUGCUCUAUACCAGCCUUUGAAUGAUGGGAAUGAUGAUGGCAUUAUCAGGGAAUUGCUUCUAGAUUUCUAUAGUUCUUGUAAUAGACGCAAGCCAACCCAAAUUAUUCUCUUCAGGGAUGGAGUUAGUGAAUCACAAUUUAACCAGGUGUUGAAUAUAGAGGUUAACCAGAUAAUAAAGGCUUAUAAACAUAUUGGGGAGGAUGAUGUUCCCAAGUUCACUGUAAUUGUGGCACAGAAAAAUCACCAUACAAAGAUGUUUCAAGCUAAUGCUCUGGAAAACGUUCCUCCUGGGACAGUUGUCGACACAAAAAUUGUGCAUCCAAAAAAUUAUGAUUUCUACAUGUGCGCUCAUGCUGGAAUGAUUGGAACGUCUAGGCCUGUACAUUAUCAUGUGUUGCUUGAUGAAAUUGGAUUCUCGCCAGAUGGCUUGCAAAAUUUGAUAAAUUCGCUAUCUUACGUGAACCAAAGGAGCACUACUGCAACUUCAAUUGUGGCACCUAUAUGCUAUGCCCACCAUGCUGCAGCUCAAAUGGCACAGUUUCUGAAUUUCGAUGAUUUAUCAGAGAGUAACAUCCCCAUUCCAGAGCUUCCUAGGUUGCAUAAGAAUGUCAGGACCUCCAUGUUCUUCUGUUGA